AUGAUCAGUCCGCAGAAUCUCCUACAUUUCCGGUCUGAGAAUUCUCACCAGUGCGAGGACAUGGUUCUUCAUAUUCACAAGCCAGGUCGCGAGACGUUUCAUGCCGAUCUCCUCGAAGGCUUCUUCCUCGUAAAUCAUCUUGAGCACAUCGCUGUCCUCGCCCGGGAAGUCCUUUUUGAUCUCUUCGACUUCUUUGCAAAGAUCUCCGUGGAGCGUUAUCUCCUUUCCUUGAUCGCACAAUGCUUGUUGCAUCUCUGCGAUGGUGUCGCGCGCUGGCGAAGAUGUUUCUGGAGUCGUCAUUGUGUCGCUGGUGCUGGUGAUGUUGGUGUUUGUGUCGGUGUUGGAGUUGAGGAGGUUGGAAGAGUGGACAAGUGA